AUGGUGACGAAAACAAUUACCAUUUUGCCCGGUGACCACGUCGGUACCGAAGUGUGUGACGAGGCGGUGAAGGUGCUUAAGGCAAUCUCGGAGAACACCCCCCACCAGGAUGUCAAGUUUGAAUUCAACACCCACCUCAUUGGCGGUGCUGCCAUUGACGCCACGGGCUCCCCCUUGCCUGAUGAAACCCUUGACGCCGCCAAGAAGUCGGACGCGGUGCUUUUGGGCGCUGUCGGUGGUCCCAAGUGGGGCACCGGUGCUGUCAGACCUGAACAAGGGUUGCUUAAGAUCCGGAAGGAAUUGAACCUCUACGCCAACUUGAGACCGUGCAACUUCGUCCUGGACAAGUUGUUGGACAUGUCGCCCCUCAGACCCGAGAUCGUCAAGGGGACCAACUUCACCGUGGUGCGGGAGCUUGUCGGGGGUAUCUACUUCGGCGAGCGUCUGGAACAACUGGAGUCGCCCAACAACGACACCGCGUGGGACACGGAAAAGUACACCGUGGCCGAGGUCACCCGCAUCACCCGCAUGGCGGCGUUCAUGGCGUUGCAACACAACCCGCCGUUGCCGAUCUGGUCGUUGGACAAGGCCAACGUGUUGGCGUCGCUGAGAUUGUGGCGGCUGACGGUGGACAAGGUGAUGAAGGAAGAAUUCCCCCAAUUGCAAGUUCAACACCAGUUGAUCGACUCGGCGGCGAUGAUCCUCGUCAAGUCGCCCACCAAGUUGAACGGGAUCAUCAUCACUUCGAACAUGUUUGGUGACAUCAUCUCCGACGAAGCUUCGGUGAUCCCCGGGUCGCUUGGGUUGUUGCCCCUGGCGUCGUUGGCGUCGUUGCCCGACACCAACACCGCCUUUGGCUUGUACGAGCCCUGCCACGGGUCGGCGCCGGACUUGCCUGCCAACAAGGUCAACCCCAUCGCCACCAUCUUGUCGGCGGCGAUGAUGUUGAGAUUGUCGUUGGACUGUGUCAAGGAGGCCGAGGCCCUCGAAAAGGCUGUGGGCGUGGUGAUUGACCAAGGUAUCCGCACCGCCGACUUGCACGGGUCGUCGUCCACCCAGGAGGUGGGUAACGCCGUGGCCGAGGCGGUGGCGAAGAUCUUGAAGGAAUCAAAGUAA